AUGAGAAAUUCAGUUGGAAAUUUCACAUGUCAAGAAAUAGCAAAGAACUGGACUUUGUCUAAAUACAUUGCUGAAAAUGCUUUGACCAGAGUGAGACUUUACCUGAUAACUAAAUCUGACAAAAAGCAAUGUGAAAGUUUGGAGUCUGAUCAUGAGCUCCCACCAGCUUUCGAAGUGGAUAGGAUGGUUAACCAAGUUGACACUAGGGGAGGUGACGCAGGUGUUGAUAUAAGUCGGAGUAAACUGAUUGGCACCUCCUCUGACGGAGCGAACAUAAGGCGCCAACAAGAGAACGAGUAUGAAGAGUCCCUUGCUACUCACCAAAGUCAAGAGCAAGAAAGGUUGAAACAAGAGGAGACCUUGAGAAAGCAGCUAUAUCUGCAAGAAGCUAGGAAAGCAUGA